AUGGCGCCGGCCGAGCAUAAAGAGGUGGUGGCCGGACGAGGGCUUGCGGGUGCGCAUACGCCGACCGCGGCACAGCUGUCGCAGCUAACAGCCCGCCUGCAAGCGACGGCGACCCGCCGGCUGCUCGUGCGGCCAGCUGAGACGUCGAGCUCGGGAGCCCCUGCCUGCACGCCAGCCAAGCUGGCGGCCAUCGCCGCGGCCCUCCACCUGCAAGUCGACCGCGCGCAGCGGCUGGCCGAGCGCCAGCCGCGGAUCGUGGCGGCCGAACCCGAGGAGCUCUGCCGGCGGGUGGCCGGCCUCGCGGCGGCGCUCGGCCUCAAGCGGCGGCAGGCGGCGUUCAUGAUCUGCAAGCAGCCGGACCACCUCUUGACAGCGUCCCCCUCGGACGUGCGCGGCGCGAUUGAGGAGCUGGCUCGGGAGCUGGGCGUGCCGUUCGCCGACGCCGCGGCGUGGGCGGCGCUCGCGCCGUCCGUCGCGAAGCGGCCGCCGGGCGCCCUCGCUGCGCGGGUCCGGGGGGUCGGCGUCCUGCUCGGCGGCCCGCCGCCGCGGCGGCUGCUGGCGGCGGUCGCGUCCGAGCCCGAGCUCCUAGCGCGGCCGCUGCCGGCGCUCGAGCGCCGCCUCGACGCGCUGCGCUGGCUGCUGAUGGUCCGCGCGCAGACAGCGCGCCGCGCGGCGGCGGAGCGGCCGGGCGUGCUGCUGAUGUCGCCGCGCGUCAUGGCAAACAAGGUGCGGGUGCUGAUGGCGAUCCUGGAUAAGGACCGCCGCGCGGUGGGCGUCCUCGCCGCCAAGUGCCCGCGGCUGCUGCGCUGCGACCUCAGCGCGGUGCGCGCCGCGCACGCCGCGCUCGGGCGCCUGACCGGGCGCCCCGAGCGCUACGUUUUCGCCAUGCUGUGCCACGACCCGCGGCUGCUGGUCGCGCGGCCGGAGGGCGUCGUCGCGCGCGUCGCGCGGCUGCGGGCGGCGGCGCGGCGCUGCCCUGACUGGGCGGCCGAGUGGGCGCGGCUGACGCCGGCCGUCACAGAGGAGUGCCUGUCGCGCGGGUGGGCGGCCUACGCGCGGCUCGACUUCCUGCUGGCUUCCGGGCGGGCGCCGGGCAGCUGCAUGGCCGAGGUGCUGCUCGCCCGCCCCGCGGCGUUCGAGGCGGCGUGGCCGGGGUUCUCGGCGUGGCACGCGGCGCACGGCGAGCAGCUGCUGGAAGCACGGCGGCAGCAGCGGGCGCGCAUCGGGGCGCAGCUAGUGCGGCAUGCCGCGGCGGCAGCGGAGGUGGCGCGGCCGCCGUGGCGGCGGAGGGCCACUCGGCAUGUUGUGUUGCAAUGGAAUCAGCAGCAGCAGCACCAGCAGCAGCACGCGCAGCAGCAGACGCAGGCGCAGGCGCAGGCGCAGCAGCAGCAGCAGCAGCAGCAGCAGCAGCAGCAGCAGCAGCGACACGAGCAGCAGCACGAGCAGCAGCACGAGCAGCAGCACGAGCAGCAGCACGAGCAGCAGCAGCACCAGCAGCACAAGCAACAGGAGGCGGAGCUGGAGCAAGUGCACAUCAUGCAGCUGCAGGCUCAGCACUCAAGCCCGCAGCUGUCAGCCGUCAGGCCAGGCAGCACUUGCCCCGUCAGCGCCGGCAUCAACGGCCCGUGCGCUGCCCGCUCGUGCUCCUGA